AUGGCAGCAGUUGCAGCAGCUCAAAAAAAUCGCGAAAUGUUCGCCAUCAAAAAAUCUUAUAGUAUUGAGAAUGGGUAUCCGGCAAGACGUCGUUCUUUAGUGGACGAUGCUCGUUUUGAGACCCUUGUGGUGAAGCAAACCAAACAAACCGUACUGGAUGAAGCUCGUCUUAGGGCUAAUGACUCCAGUUGUGAACCGGAAAUUGAAGAACCAAUUCAAAAAGUUGAACACCAAGUCGAGGAUGGAGCAGAUGUCGGACUCACCGAAGAAGAAGUUAUCUUACAGAACGCCGCUAGCGAACAAGCCGAUGGAGAUAAAGUCGUCCAAAAGGCUGCUCUUGUUCUUCGUCUAAAAGAAGGAAUGAACUCCGUAUCGAGAGUAUUGAAAACGGUUGAAAAAUAUAACGGAACCGUUUGUCAUCUGGAAACUCGCCCAGGAAAAGGGGAAUCAACCCAAAUGGACAUGCUUGUCAAAGUGGAGAUGACUCGUCAAAAUUUAUUGCAACUCAUUAAAUCAUUGAGACAAUCCUCCACUUUGACCACCGUGUCUUUGAUGGGAGAAGAUAAUAUCAGUGUUAAAACUCCGUGGUUCCCACGUCACGCCAGCGAAUUGGAUAACUGUAAUCAUUUGAUGACCAAGUAUGAACCCGAUUUGGAUAUGAACCAUCCCGGAUUUGCUGACAAAGAAUAUAGGGCAAGGCGUAAAUAUAUUGCCGAAGUUGCAUUCGCAUACAAAUACGGAGAUCCGAUUCCUUACAUCGAUUAUUCCGAAACUGAGAACAAAACUUGGGCGGCCGUUUUCAACACCGUUAAGGAUUUAAUGCCAAAACAUGCUUGCGCCGAAUACAACAGGGUUUUCGCUAAAUUAGAAGAUGCCAACAUUUUUAAAGCGGAUCGUAUCCCUCAAUUGGAGGAUAUGAGCAAAUUCCUUCAAAGUCAAACGGGAUUCACGUUGCGUCCCGCGGCCGGACUUUUAACAUCUCGUGAUUUCUUGGCAUCGCUGGCUUUCCGUAUCUUCCAAAGCACACAAUAUGUCCGUCACGUCAACUCUCCGUAUCACACCCCCGAACCAGACUCCAUCCACGAACUCCUUGGUCACAUGCCUCUUUUGGCCGAUCCAAGCUUUGCUCAAUUCUCCCAGGAGAUCGGAUUGGCUUCUUUGGGAGCAUCCGAUGAGGAAAUCGAGAAAUUAUCCACCGUUUACUGGUUCACGGUUGAGUUCGGUUUAUGCAAAGAAAAAGGUGAGAUCAAAGCUUAUGGAGCGGGAUUGUUGAGCGCUUAUGGUGAACUUUUACACGCGUUGAGCGAUAAACCAGAAUUAAGACCAUUCGAACCAGCUUCCACCGCCGUUCAACCUUACCAAGAUCAAGAAUACCAACCGAUUUAUUACGUUGCCGAAAGUUUCGAGGAUGCCAAGGAUAAAUUCAGACGCUGGGUUUCCACCAUGUCUAGGCCCUUCGAAGUUAGAUUCAACCCACACACCGGAAGAGUUGAAGUACUCGAUUCGGUUGAUAAACUUGAAUCGUUAGUCCACCAGCUCAACACUGAAGUUUUACACCUAUCUAACGCUAUUAACAAGUUGAAAGCGCCAGCGCUUUAAAUCCGUUUCAAAAGAAAAAUUUAAAAAUCUUAAAAUUCUUAAUGUAUAAUGUAAUUCUUAAAAUUGUUAAUCUAAAUUUAUUUAUGCACCGGGUUGUUCGGUCGUCUUGCGAGAUUUAGCGUGCUUAGUGACUGGUGCCGCUCGUUUUCUCGCAAAACGCCUACCCCAAUCGUUUCGUCAUUGUAUAUUUUUCAUAUACGAUAAUUUUAUGUUAAUUUUUUUCCGAUUUUCGUAUAGAUAGGUGUAGUCGAAUGUAGAUAGGACCGGAAGAGUAGUUUGUGAUCUCCCUUAAUUUCCUUUCCUCCUUAGCACGAAUCCCUCAUGAUUUUUUUUUAUUAUUUUAUCUGCGAUACUAUUGUUACCCGAUACAAGUGUCUACCUAGUUUAGUAUUACCACUGAAAUUUCAACAACAAAAGAUGCAAAAAAUGUUAGAUGGUAGCACACGUACGAGAUCAUGUAUUGCGUUCGUAGUGAUAAGAAAUAUACCUACUGUAUUUAAUGUGUAUACAUAUUAAAUAAAAUGCAAAUAUGCAAUGCAAAUAAUUAAAA